CUCGUGUGAGAAAGUCGAACAUGAAGCCGUGCGUCCGUGACGCUUACCUGCCCGCACGGAGGCCGCUGCUGCUGCCGUGUGCCACGUGGCUCCUGGUCAUCAUCGGCCAUCUAGCGGCUCGGUGCUACGGAGCGGUGCUGUGCGACGCCUCCUCGCGCCGGGCGACCUGGGAGAGCGGCGCGGGCACCCAGUGUCCCACGGACAACUUCAGAGGGGAAGCGGAGCGUCCACUUGCGCCCGAAUGCGGAGUCAUCGUUUCGGACCCCGAUCGAGACGGCGGCGGCGAGGGCGGUGCCGCCGGUGCCGCCGGUGCCGCCACCGGUGCUGGAGGGACGUCGCCGCCACGAUCGGCGCUCGCCGCCGAGGGCCCCGUCUUCUACGUGGGCAGUGGCAGCACCGUGGGCUGGAGGCACCGCGCCUUCUCGCUGUACCCGGGAGGGCGCUCCGUGCUGAGCGCCGCUCACUGGCUGGCACGCGCGGGCAACUGGACGGCGUGCGAGGUGGUGUACGACCCUGGUCUGCACGUGUCCUUGACCGACACGGAGAGGUUCCUCACUGACCCCGGCCUCCAGUUCUACCUCAACAGCAUGCCCCUGACCCCCGACGGACUCCUCGACGGCCUGGCGCUCUCCUCCACCCUGCAGCGCAUCCGCCGGCGCGGCACGUUCACCCUGAUCCUUCACUGCCGCCAGUCGCUCAUCCUCCCCCUGCUCGAGAAGGUGGGUGGGACGGCAUUUUCCACCGAAAGUCAGUACGCCGCCGCACGUUGGUUCGGGAUCUGCGCCCAGGGCCAGGGAGCAGCUCCCACAGUGGUCCGUGACGACCUGGCGUACACGGUCGCCGCCUACCCAAGCCCUCUGCAGACUCCACGAGCUUGCUCGGCUUCCAACAGCUGA